UUUACAAUAACAUUGCUUUAAUGGUAGAAUACCUCCCCAUUUAUGUGAAGUUAACUGGUGAUAUGGGACCUUUAGCCAGGAUAUAUGACUGUUGUACGAAAGGCUGCAAAUAAGAGACUGUAACAGUGAUAUAAAGCAGUGCCUUACUCUGAAUCGCGGGGACUUUUAUUAUGACGCAUUGCCGCGCAUUGAUGUGGAGUGCUUCACAGUUCGGCGCACUUCCGAUUUCUCCGUGAAUCAGUCAUUACGUUCACUCAACGAGGAGAGAAACGAGCCGAGCGAAGUCUGGAGACUCACGGCUGUAUAUGAUUGCUGUUUGUUCCUGUUAGUUUAUAAAACUGUGUGCGUCCAGAGGAAAAACCACACACACACACACACAAACACCACACACGGCUCUACAAGUUCAUACAUGCAUAGAUGUAUGCAAAGUUGGAUCUAUGCCGUCUUAAGGAAGAUUUAAGCACAAGGCAAUACAAUCAUCAUCAUCCAGUAUCCAUGCCCAUUCCAUGUAUGUGGUUAGAAGACGUUAACAUACAAGUUACAACUGGCUCCCCCUCUGCAUAUGACUGUAAUCAAUAAAUCAUUCAAGUAUAUUCCUUCUCCGGCUUUGGUGUUCUAACCAACACACCCAGACCAACUCAACUCCCCUAUUCAAGAGCUAGCUAUUACAGUCCUGAGCUAUUCUCAUUAACAUUUUGGUCCUUCGAGCCGGAUACACAGUUGUUCUGGGAACAUGAAACAAAGUUGUGAAGCAUCCCGGUCCCUAUCUACGCGACCUAAGCGACAGCAGAGACUGCCAAGAUAUCUUGAGGAUUAUGAGGUUGGACCAAUAAGACAGCAGACGCAUGUUUCACCUCAUUUCAGUGUAAUACAGCAUAUGCAUGGACUAGAGGGCUGGAGCUCCCAACAAGGAGGAGCAGCUACGGAAAUGGCACAUUCACCAAUGCCUCGUCAGGUUCAGUGGGAAUCGGAUGUCAGUGAGUAUGAUAAUUACAGUCCUGGUGGCAGUUUAUGUUCUAAUGAACCAUAUACCGAGUGGGCAGAUACUUUAAUAUCACAUAGACAGGAAAGAAGUGUGCAGUAUAAUGUACAGACUGAAAGUACCCUACCUUAUAGACAUAUUGAGGCUAUGCCAAGCAGUUAUGCACAGCAUUGGAGCAACCAGAAGGGAGAACGCUCUCUUGCAACUUCAGCACAGAUAUCAGAACAAUGGCCAAUGCCACCUCCACCUGUUCAGCCUGACUUUCCAGCCCAACCUGAAGUUGAGGAGUAUGAUAACUGGGCCCCGCCUCCGCCAUGGCCAUCUGCAGAAGUAUUAGCACCGCCAGAGCGUGAGGAAAAGGAUAUGGUUGCUAUCAUAGAUAAAAUGAUGAAUGACCUCCAACUCAUGAAAGAGAGUGCUGCAUCCCGCUUGACAUCAAAGGGUCAUCUGGCUUCAACACCCAUGAGAACAGAACCUCUACACUUUAGAAAGGCUAGCCAGCCUAACGCCAUUCAGUCUCAACCUCGAAGAUCACAUCAUUACUCUCCAGUUGCUGGCUCCCCUCAUGUUAUUGAUCAUUUUGAACCUGCAAUCCCACCUAGACACUCAGCUAGGCCUCACGUAGUUCAACGAGCCUCCUCUCAAUACUUACCAUAUCAGUCUUCAUCAGUUAGAUUUGAAGAGAAAGAAUACAGAGGGCCGGCACCAAAAAUUCCUUUCUUCAUUCAUAGAGACCCAAUGGAGUUUUCCCGGCUGAAGCUUGCCUUGACGAAUCUGUUGCCAGCAGAAUCCUCAGAGCUUUUCAAAUAUCAGGUUUUAGUAGAUCAUCUGAGGUUGGAGGAAGCUUGCCUAAUAGCGGACUCAUACAUUAACUCACCCAUGCCAUUUUCUGACACGAUGGCUGCAUUGAAUGAGAAGUUUGGGCAGCCACAUCAUGUUGCUUUAAAGAAGAUAGCUGCAGUCAUGGACUCACCAGAGAUAAAGCGAGGAGACACAGCAGCUUUUGAAAGGUUUGCUUUGCAUGUGCAGUCUUUAGUAGGCAUGCUAAAAACACUGGGCCCUGAAGGGGAAGCUGAAUUAAGAUGUGGCUCGCAUGUGGCACGGCUGCUUACAAAACUUCCAACAGAGUUAAGGGCAAAUUUUCGCCGUCAGAUGUUUCACCGUUCAGGCUCUACUCAUACCUUGUUAGAUUUGGCAGAAUGGCUCCAUUAUGAGUCGUGGUGUCAGGGGUAUGAUGUCUCAUCCAACACACGUGUACAAGGGUUACUAAGUUACAAAGCUGAGAAAAGACAUAGUAAACCAGCAGCUUCAGUGCUUCAUGGAGCAGAGGGCUCAAUGGAGAGUAAGGGGAUGAGACGAGAAAGUCAAAGUGCCUUUGAGACCAAAGGGAGAGGCAAGAUGAGACCAUACUGUCCAUACUGUGACAGUUCAGAGCACUUUCUUAACAAGUGCCCAGCUAUUCAGAAGCUCAACAGGGAGGAUGUAAUAAACUGGAUAAAAGCAAAUAAAAGAUGUUGGAGAUGUGGAAGAUCUCACCAAGCAGCACAGUGUGAUCUUAAACGACUCUGUGAUUUGUGUCAAGGGAAGCACUUAAGAGUUCUUCAUCAGGUGAACACACGUCCUACAGCUGAGCCACCCAAAGAAGAGAGCUGUUUAGUAAACACCAAUGCUGAGAUUUUGUAUUUGGAUCGUCCAUCAGCUUCCAAUAGGGUGCUGCUGAAAGUGGUGAGAGUAUUUCUUCGAAAUAAAGACCGAACUCUUGACACUUACGCGGUUUUGGAUGAUGGGUCGGAGCGCACCAUGCUCCUCCCAGAAGCCGCUGAUCAAUUGGGACUACAAGGUAAACAAGAGGAUCUUAUUCUUCGCACAAUACGACAGGAUGUCCAAACAUUAGAGGGAUCAACUGUCUCAUUCUGCAUAUCAUCCUCUGCAUAUCCCAGAAAGGGUUUCCGGAUUAGAGAUGCAUUUACCUCACAACGCCUCAGCCUAGCAGAUCACACGUAUCCCAUCUCUAUGCUGAAGAAAAAGUACAAACAUCUGGCAGGCCUCCCGAUUGAGCCGUUUGAGCAUGUUAAGCCACUUCUAUUGAUAGGAGCAGAUCAUCCCCACUUACUCAGUCCUGUUGAGCCAGUGAGGUUGGGACCCCCUGGAGGACCAUCGGCUAUCUGCACAAGACUGGGUUGGACACUUCAGGGUCCUACUCACCUUAUCCCGUGGACAACAACAUCACGUCAGUGUCUACUUACCAGUGUUUUGCCACAGACUACUGAAUUGAUGCGAAACGUAGAAAAACUAUGGCAGUUAGACGUGUUGCCUUUCCAACAGGAUAAGCUAGUAGUGAGGUCAAAGCAGGACAACGAGGCUGUGGAGCUCCUGGAGACAAAGACUAAGCGAGUGGAAGUUUCUGGAAUUCUCAGGUAUGCCACUCCAUUGUUAAGGAAAAAGGAUAUGCCUCUGUUUCAGGCAACUAAAGAGGUGGUUCUGCCGAGUUUGAGGAGUACAGAGAAACGGUUGGCAAAGGACACUCAACGUGCCAAUGCUUACAGUGAGGCAAUCCACCAGUUGGUGAAGACAGGAGCUGUCAGGAAGCUGGACCCAGGCGAGAUCUCAGCAGAUGGUGAGUCCUGGUACAUACCACAUCACCUAGUGUCUCACAAUGGUAAGAAUCGGCUUGUCUUCAAUUGUUCUUAUCAGUUUAGAGGUAUGAAUCUGAAUGAUGCCCUUCUUCCUGGACCUACCCUGGGAGCCUCUCUGCUUGGUGUUCUGCUGCGCUUUAGAGAACAUGGUGUCGCAGUCAGUGGAGAUAUAAAGGCUAUGUUUCACCAAGUCCAGCUCCUGCCAGAGGAUCGGGCACUGCUCAGAUUUGUUUGGAGAGACAGACGAGAAGACCCACCUGAUACCUUUGAAUGGCAAGUGUUACCAUUCGGCACGACCUGCUCACCUUGUUGUGCAACCUAUGCUCUUCAUCGGCACGUCAGGGAUUGUAGUGAUCCAGAGGAUGGUGUUAAGGACUCCGUGGAACGGUGCUUCUACGUCGAUAAUUGCCUCCAGAGUUUGCCAACUGCAGCAGAAGCAAAGAGGUUAGUAGACAGACUCAGGGAAGUCUUAUCAUUUGGUGGAUUUGAGAUUCGGCAAUGGGCAUGCAAUGUCCCAAGUGCCAUUAGCCAUCUACCAAAAGAUGCAAGAUCAGACAGUAUGGAACGGUGGCUAUCACAUGAUGAGAAUGGUCUGUCUGAAUCAACUCUAGGACUUAGCUGGCAUUGGGAGUCUGACACUUUGGGCUAUAAGAGUCGUCCAUUGGACUAUGGUGUUCUGACCAUGAGGAAUGUGUAUAGAGUUCUGGCUCGGCAGUAUGACCCUCUGGGGUUUGUAUUACCCUACACCACCCGUGCCAAAUUACUGGUACAGAGUAUGUGGGAUAAGCAUCGCAACUGGGAUGAUCCACUACUUCCUCACGAGCUUCAGCAGGCAUGGAAGGAGUGGGAAGCAGAACUCCAUUUGUUGCCUCAUCUAUCACUGCCCCGAUCAUAUGUUCCAGCUCAAGUGGAUCAAGCCAUUGUCUCCCGACAGGUCCAUAUAUUCAGUGAUGCAUCAGAAAAGGCGUAUGGAUCCGUUUCAUACAUGCGGACAGAAGAUGUAAAAGGCCAAGUAUACCUUUCAUUUCUGGCAGCAAGAUCAAGAGUUGCUCCUCGAAGACAACAUUCAAUUCCACGUCUGGAGCUCUGCGGUGCCCUAACAGCAGCACAAUUAGCCAAGAUGUUGGAAAGAGAGCUUACCUUGAAAAUCGAUGAAAUCAUACUUUGGAGCGAUUCGACGACAGUGCUGGCAUGGCUGCAAUCAGAGUCGUGCCGGUUCAAAGUAUUUGUGGGAACACGCGUGGCUGAAAUACAGGAGCUUACAAACCCUGAUUCAUGGCAUUAUGUAGACUCCUCGCUGAAUCCUGCAGAUGACCUCACACGAGGAAAGACUUUAGAAGAAUUAGCAUUGCCCAAUCGCUGGAGUCAUGGGCCAUCCUUUCUUCUUAAAGGACCCCAUCACUGGCCAUCUCAGCCGACAAAGUUAGCCGAUCCAGAUAUGUCAGAGUGCAGGAAGUCAGUCUUCUGUGGUAUCAUAUCCAAUCCUGACUGGCCAUCUUCAGUACAAAAUAGUCAAUACACAACCUGGAAGGAUCUAGUUGAGGCUGUGGCACAUGAGCUUCAUGGGGCGGCUGAUUCAAGUAACCCUAUUGUUGCCUCAGAGUAUCAGCAGGCAGAACUGGUGAUUUACAAGAAGAUUCAGCAAGACUGUUUCCAAGAAGAGUUGCAUUGCCUGAAAAAGGGCAAGCCAGUGGCGCAUAGCAGUCGCUUACUUACCUUAUCACCAGAACUAGACUCUGAGGAAGGAAUCAUGCGAGUUGGUGGCCGAUUGAGAAGGGCUGAGACUUUAGAUCCUGGAUCCAAACACCCUAUUGUUCUUGAUCCCAGUCAUCCAUUCACCAAACUCCUUAUGGAGGAUUACGACUCUCGCCUUUGCCACCCAGGGCCAGAGCGGGUAUAUGCAGAAAUACGGCGCAGAUUCUGGAUCCUGCGUGGAAGGCAAGCAAUACGUCAUAUGCAACAUCAGUGUAAGGAGUGCAGAAGGUGGAAGGCCAAGCCAUCAGUGCCUAAAAUGUCAGACUUACCAGAGGCUCGUCUUCGCUUGUAUAAGCCAGCCUUCUAUUCCACUGGCGUCGACUGUUUUGGGCCCUUCCAGAUUAAAUUGGGACGCAGGUCAGAAAAGAGAUGGGGCAUUAUUUACAAAUGCCUCACUACCAGAGCUGUACAUCUGGACCUCAUACACAGAAUGGACUCAGACUCCUUUUUGAUGAGCCUUAGGAGAUUCAUCGCCCGUAGAGGUACUCCAGCAGAACUCUACUCAGAUCAGGGCACAAAUUUCAAGGCAGGGGAGAAAGAGCUUAGGGAGUCCUUUGAUAGCAUGGCUGCAGAGCUUCAACAACUACUAGCAAAGCAGAAGAUUGCCUUCCAUUUCAACCCCCCUGCAGCUCCCCAUUUCGGUGGAGCCUGGGAGCGGGAAAUAAGAUCAGUCAAAUCCGCUUUGUAUACCAUCAUUGGAGCACAGUCAAUCUCUGAUGAGGUACUUCAUACCGUCCUGCUGGAGGUAGAGGCAAUAUUGAAUGCGAAACCGCUAGGAUAUACCUCAUCUAAUGUUGCAGAUGUAGAUGCUAUCACCCCAAACGUCCUCUUGAUGGGGCGGCCUGAUGGAGCUCUACCGCAGAUAGUGUAUAAUAAGAGUGAAGGACUUAGCAAAAGAAGAUGGAAGCACUGUCAAGUCCUAGCAGACCACUUCUGGUCCAGAUUUAUAAAAUCCUACUUACCCACCAUGCAACAGCGGCAGAAGUGGCAUACUGACACAGCUGACCUCACAGUGAACUCGGUAGUUCUGUUGAUGGACCCUCAACUCCCAAGGGCUCUUUGGCCAAUCGGAAAAGUCAUAAAGGUGCACCUGAGCGCUGAUCAGCAUGUAAGGUCAGUGGAUGUUCAGAUUAAGGACAAAAUUUACACACGACCAGUUGCCCGUCUCAUUGUCCUUCCAGCCCUCCCAGAAUCAGAUGGAGAGUCCGCUCCCCUGUCAUGACUCACAAAGACAGUAAGCCUUUCUUAGGAACAAAUUGCAUGCAAUUUGGGGGCGGCUGUACGAAAGGCUGCAAAUAAGAGACUGUAACAGUGAUAUAAAGCAGUGCCUUACUCUGAAUCGCGGGGACUUUUAUUAUGACGCAUUGCCGCGCAUUGAUGUGGAGUGCUUCACAGUUCGGCGCACUUCCGAUUUCUCCGUGAAUCAGUCAUUACGUUCACUCAACGAGGAGAGAAACGAGCCGAGCGAAGUCUGGAGACUCACGGCUGUAUAUGAUUGCUGUUUGUUCCUGUUAGUUUAUAAAACUGUGUGCGUCCAGAGGAAAAACCACACACACACACACACAAACACCACACACGGCUCUACAAGUUCAUACAUGCAUAGAUGUAUGCAAAGUUGGAUCUAUGCCGUCUUAAGGAAGAUUUAAGCACAAGGCAAUACAAUCAUCAUCAUCCAGUAUCCAUGCCCAUUCCAUGUAUGUGGUUAGAAGACGUUAACAUACAAGUUACAACUGGCUCCCCCUCUGCAUAUGACUGUAAUCAAUAAAUCAUUCAAGUAUA